AUGUCUAAUUCAGAAAAAAAACAAGUUAACUCGCAGCAGCAAGAAGAGCACCAUUUUUUGAAUGAGGAAUCUUUAAAUGAGGACUCUUCAAAUGCAAAACCAACAACUUCCAAAGAUAUUACCACUAAUGCUUCUCCCGAGGAAAAAAGUAGCACUUCAAAAAAGUCAAAAAAGAAAAAAAAGCCUAAAGCCUCUACAAGUAAUAAUCAAAAUAAUAUGAACAAUAACAUGACAAAGGACGAACUUGAUGAAAUUGUUGAAGGAAUUUUAAAUGAGCCAAAUCCCUCUAAUGUGAGCAGUAAUAAUAGUAAUACUACACUUCAAACCUGCCCAAUCAAAAAUUGCAAACAACGUUUAACACUCACCAGUAUAACAUGUCAAUUCUGUAACAUGCGAUACUGCUUAGCGCAUCGUCUCCCAGAAUCACAUUCUGAAAAAUGUGCAGAAAAAACGCGGCAAUCUGCACACUCCAGUUUCAGAAAUGACUCGAUACGUUUGAUCACGGAGGAACGACGAAAUCCGGGUAUUAUCAAUACGAAAGGAUUCAAUGCGGAAAAAAGUAAAGAGGAGUUGCGGAAACGGUAUAAAGAGAAAUUGGAACGCACUAAACAGCAGGAAAGGGGUGGUGGGAGAGGAAAAGGAUAA